GGGUAUUCUGAUGUGCGAUCGUAAACUUAACAGGAAAAUAAUCGGGACAAAGUGUGGUAACAGCAACAGUGUGUUAUAAAACAACGUGAAGAAAUUAUGUUGGUGACGUCAGCGUUGUGAUUUCCUCUAUUUCACAGGAAGCUUGGAAGAAACUUUUUUUGCUUUGCAGUAACUUUGCCAUGUUGCGCGAAACCUGGGGAUGCGUAGAAUUCGCUUAUGCAUUGUCUCUACUCGGUUGAAUUGAAAGGCUUUCACGUUUUCGUAUCACAUUUCGUACCUCUGUCUGGUUUUGCUGAUCACUGCUCGAGUUGUGUGAGGUGUUGCCACUCGACAAUCAUGAACGAAAAAACAAAGACCGCAAAGAAAUACUGGAGUUCGGUGACAACGAUUUCACUGAGUCUAACUUUGUUCUUUGCAUCAUUUUGUACGGCAGAAGAAGCGUCUUGUCACGGGGCAUUUGAUCUGUAUUUCGUAUUAGACAGAUCAGGAAGUGUCUCAAACAACUGGGGCGAGAUUUAUGGAUUUGUUGAACAGCUCACUAAUCGAUUUGUGAGCCCAAGUAUGAGGGUGUCCUUCAUAGUUUUCUCCUCCAAGGCUGAAGUCAUGCUGCCUCUCACUGGAGACAGUUAUGAAAUUCAAAAAGGCCUGAAGCUACUAAGUGAGGUGAAGCCUGCGGGUGAGACCUACAUGCAUGAAGGAUUUAAAAAGGCUUCAGAGCAAAUGAAGGCUCAGACCUCAAGGGCAUCAAGUAUCAUCAUUGCAUUGACUGAUGGAAAGCUUCAGGGCUACCUUUUUCCACUCACAGUAACUGAGGCCGACGUGGCAAGACAGUACGGAGCCAGAGUGUACUGUGUUGGAGUUAAGGAUUUUGAUCAGUCGCAGCUUGCUAAUAUCGCUGACACCAAAGACCAAGUAUUCCCUGUCAUAGGCGGGUUUCAAGCACUCAAAGGCAUUGUGAAUUCGAUUUUGAAGCAGUCCUGCACAGAGAUCUUAAGCGUGGAGCCAUCAAGCAUUUGUGUGAACGAGUCCUUCGACAUUGUGCUGAGAGGAAACGGAUUCACGCUUGGGAGAAGCGCCGAGGGGAUUGUCUGCAGCUUCAUUGUCAACCAGCAGACCUACAACCAGAAGCCGACGGUGGUGCAGAACAAUUACCUGCUCUGCCCGGCGCCGGUGCUGCAAGAAGUCGGACAAACGCUAGAUGUGCUGAUCAGCUUGAACAAUGGCAAGACCUUCAUCUCUAGCGCUUUCACCAUCACUGCUACAACAUGUUCGGACGGCUGGGUGCUGACCAUCGUGUUCCUGGUCCUGCUCCUGCUGCUGGCUUUGGGCCUUAUGUGGUGGUUCUGGCCCCUCUGCUGCAAAGUGGUUAUCAGAGACCCUCCGCCGCCCCCGCCUGCCCCAAAACCAGAGCCCGAGGAGGAUCUGCUGCCGAAGAAGAAGUGGCCCACUGUGGAUGCGUCCUACUACGGGGGAAGAGGAGCCGGAGGGAUCAAGCGCAUGGAGGUCCGCUGGGGGGAGAAGGGAUCCACAGAGGAGGGGGCGAGGCUGGAGAAAGCCAAAAACGCUGUGGUCUCAUUGCCAGAGGACGUGGAGGAGCCCGUUCAAAGAAAACCGCCAAGACCCACCCCCACCUACCAGCACCAGCAGUCCAAAUGGUACACUCCGAUUAAGGGCCGCCUUGAUGCACUGUGGGCUUUGCUGAGAAGGCAGUACGACCGUGUUAGCCUCAUGCGGCCUACGGCAGAGGACAAGGGUCGAUGUAUUAACUUCAGCCGGGUCCAGAACCAUUAGAUCACCGUGCUCCAACCUUUGAAAAGCAAGGGUUUCUAUCUACUGUGGACAGCAGAGGAAUUCGAGGUUUUUGAAGAUCUUACGGCUUUGCCCAAAAACCACUAUCGUUUUGCUCCUAUCCAUUUUGUGCACUUAGGGGACCCCUUUACCUCACCUUCAUGUAGGGUCUUUCAAAGCAGUAAAAUUAUCAUAAGCAUAUUGUUAUGUCCUUCAAUAUUAAUAGCAGCAGCAGGAUUCAGCUUUUUUUUGUUGUUGUUGUUAAUUUUACUUGGGGAAAAGCAGAUGCAGUGAGCGUGCUUCAUUUUGUGCCGUUCGGAUUCGGUUAGCUUUUUGUGCACACCAAAGGCUUAACAUAUUCUGACCAUAUUGUGCCUUCUGUGGAAAACCUAAUUUCAUGGACACAGACGGAAGCUAUUUAAAAAAAGGGAAAAAAAAACAGAGUGAAAGAGGCUGUUUGCCAUUGGCGAGGAAGUAGAAAUAAUCCCAGCGGGCCUAGCAAGUGCAGAAGUCCAUUGCCUUUUGGCAAUGUCUCAUCACAAAAAUCUCUCCAACUGCACUAUCGUUGAAUGCCUGGCGGGAGCUCUUUGACUGGAGAUCUUGUCAUUUUAACACUGAGAAGUGCACACGCAUGACAAAUUGUAGACAGGACGCCCCAAGGUAUCGGAAGCAGCAAGACUUUGCCCUUUAGUUUUUGAAGACACCUUUCUUUCAUUAUGCACACGGGAUAGAAAAAUUAAUAGAGCGUUAUUGUACUGCAAGACAGCCCGUAACCAAAGAUCUCCGGCAAGGUUUGAGGGACCAGUGCUUCAAGACCUUGACAGGGUGGCUGGUGUUUUUUUUCUUCCCCAUUUUCUGUUCUGCUGUAAGUUCAGCAACGCGUAGAGCAUUACAAUCUAUAAACAUAGCUAUCAGUUUGAGUUUUUUACAACAGAAAUGCUGCCAUCUCAAGACUGUUAUCUCCCCACCAUUUCAAAUCUCCAAGGGUUCCUCCGCGUCACAACCCAGUAAUUCUUGCUGCAUGAGAAUCUCAAAGUUUAAUUAAUAUAAUUAAAGGCAACAGCAAGCAGCAGCCUGUGAAGAUUCUGCUCAUCUUUUUUAUGCCUUUUGACAUUGAAUGACCUAUUACUGUAUUUGCAUUAUUUGGAGUAAAAAGAGCGCCAUGCCUUGGUAACGCUUAGCCGUGGCCGGAAUAAAAAAAUGGCCAAGGAGAAAAAAAAAAGUGGGGCGGAUAACCAAGCGGAUAACCCCAUUGUUCAUUUUCAGAAAUUAUGUUCAUAGCCGCUCCGGCGCCUACAAUACCAACAACAACAAAAAAAAAAGGCGAGCGAUAUAUAUUUAUUGUAAAUUUUUUGAGCGCGCUGUCACGACGACGAUCCCGAGUGAUGUUAGUGUGAGUGGAGACACGGUGGGGGAGGAAAGAGGCAGCAGCUGAAGAAAAAGGCUCGAACGAUCUAGUCACUUUCGAUACGGUACUUCAGAUGCAAAAUGGAUAUUCGAGUCGAAACCUGACAAAGCGCGCCCGCUUUGACGGGAACUGGUAUAGACAAUGACCAGUGGCUGGGUCAGUGGGAUGUCUGUGUGCAAGCAGGGAAGCUUAUCAAAUGACACUAAAAAUAAGUUCAGCAACCAUCAAGUUUGAGGGGAAUGGGCGAACAUUUCACAUUUGGUGGGCGUGCAAGUGCGAGAGAUGGGAAGAGCGUCGCGUAGCCUCCUGCUCUAAUUAUUCCUUUGUGCUCUUCAUCGAAAUCGUAAGGGACAUAAAUGAUUCUUAUGGUCGACUACCAAAUUCACGGCCUGCCGGAAACAUGCGUUUGUUUCUUUUUAAUAAGCGUUUAGCCACUUACGUAAUCCUUAGCGCAACUUUCAUUUUGCCAAUCCCAGUGUUUAGUUGAACUUAGGAAAACACACAUUUAUUCAGGUUUUUUGUGUUAUAAAUCUGAAAGAUGACUGUUACUAGCUUACAUUAAUGAUCUAUGUACAUACUAGCCACAAUACAGCUCUCCAUCCUAACAGUAAUUCACAAGCAGUGAACGAUUGUGCCGUCUCCAAAUAGCCAUGGAGAGGGACCUGGUUAUUUUUUACUUUUGCUGGGUAAAUGAAGAAUGAAAAAUGCUAUAGUGUUUCUGAUCUUUUGUAAAAUUAUAUAUUUAAGCUGGAUUUAACAUGUUUGUGUUUUUUGGGGCCAUCAUGAAUAAUGUCAAAUUAUUUUUUUUCAAGUGCCUAAGAUACCUAUCAAUUUUGCACAGAAGGCAACCAAGUUGGAAUGAUUGUAUUAGGAAAUGUUUAUACCAUUUGUAGUUUUUAAUUGACAAUGUAUUUUUUUAUCCAAUUUCAUCUUUUGUG